AUGUAUAAUUGUGCUGUAUCGUCUUACGAUUUGUACACCUACUGCAGGAAAGAAGCGGAAGUUAGCAAAUAUUAUGAGUCUAAGGAUUACUGUACGGGUACAACCGAUGAUUAUUCAAUAAAAGUAAGUCCCGAGUCGACUGUCUUAAGAACUUGUCUUAGCAUUUCCGUGAGCAUGCGGCGCAACCGAAUACGAGCAGAGUCCGAAAACGGACCGACUUGGAAGGCAUGUUAGCGAGAAUGGUCGUCAAUUGCCAGCUUACCAGCGAUUUCUGCGAGGAAAACAAAGCAGAGUACCUACUUCUUUAA